AAAUUUAAGUGUGUUGAAGGGUUUAGCAAAAGAGAGAGUGUAGCAGUGAAGAGAGAAGAAGAGCGGCCUCUCUGGUCCAUUCCAACAUGCAAGGCAAAGAAAUGGAAGGCGUGUCUUCUUCUUCCUCAUCGGCGAUCGCCCAGAAAACGUGGGAGCUCGAGAACAGCAUCAUCCCCAUGGACACUCCGGCCGCCACCGCCACCACCACCAACGCCGACGACUCCAUCUUCUACUACGACGAGGCCGGCCAGAACGAGUUCCAGCGCGACAAGCCCUGGGCCAACGACCCCCACUACUUCAAGCGCGUCAAGAUCUCCGCACUCGCGCUCCUCAAGAUGGUGGUGCACGCGCGCUCCGGCGGCACCAUCGAGGUCAUGGGCCUCAUGCAAGGGAAAACCGACGCCGACGCCAUCAUCGUCAUGGACGCCUUCGCCCUCCCCGUCGAAGGCACCGAAACGCGCGUCAAUGCGCAAGCCGAUGCAUACGAGUACAUGGUCGAUUAUUCCCAGACCAAUAAGCAGGCUGGGCGGUUGGAGAAUGUCGUGGGAUGGUAUCACUCUCAUCCUGGAUACGGGUGCUGGCUGUCGGGGAUCGAUGUUUCGACGCAGAUGCUGAAUCAGCAGUUUCAGGAGCCGUUUCUGGCUGUGGUUAUUGACCCCACGAGGACUGUUUCUGCUGGGAAGGUUGAGAUUGGAGCUUUCAGGACUUACCCUGAAGGGUAUAAGCCUCCGGAUGAGCCUAUUUCUGAGUAUCAGACUAUUCCUCUCAAUAAGAUUGAGGAUUUUGGUGUCCAUUGUAAACAGUAUUAUGCAUUGGAUAUCACUUACUUCAAGUCCUCUCUUGAUUCACACCUCUUGGAUCUGCUGUGGAACAAGUAUUGGGUGAAUACACUCUCGUCUUCUCCUCUGUUGGGUAAUGGAGACUAUGUUGCUGGACAAAUCUCUGAUUUAGCUGAAAAGCUAGAACAAGCCGAGAAUCAGUUGGCACACUCUCGCUUUGGGCCAUUAAUAGCGCCUGCACCUAGAAAGAAAGAGGAAGAAUCUCCUCUUGCUAAGAUUACUCGUGACAGUGCAAAAAUAACUGUGGAGCAAGUGCAUGGUCUAAUGUCACAGGUUAUCAAGGACAUUCUGUUUAACUCCGUUCAUCAAGCAAACAGAACUCGCAGUGAAGCAUCUGGUCCUGAACCAAUGAUUGAGAGCUGAUUCUGGCGUCUGCUAGAGAUGCAUUUAUACAUAUUCUUUCUUUUUUGGUUUUGUCCUCAUUAUCGUCUAACUCAUAUACUUCACAGGCAGUAAAUCCAACCUUGUAUUUUGCUUUUUUUUUUUUCCCUCCUACUCGUACUCUGCAUAUUCUUGUUUUAUUUCAUAAGAUUAUGCGUGUACUGUCAACCAUGCAGUGGAAUUCAUCUUACAGAAACAAAACCGUUGGCUAAUGCAAAACUUAACAAAUACAAUCGUCUGUGCUUUAAUGCCUUUUACUA